AUGAAGUCCAAAACACUCCGGAGUAUCAAGAAGGUUUUGGUGGCCAACCGAGGUGAGAUCGCCGUCCGCUGCAUCAAGGCCUGUCGUGAGCUCGGCGUCCAUAGUGUCGCUGUCUAUACCGAUGCCGACACAACGUCACUGCACGCCCUGCUGGCGGAUGAAGCAAUCGCGUUGCGGGGUAACGAUACCUACACUGACGGCGACGCCAUUCUUGACAUCUGCCGAAGCACAGGCGCUGACGCCGUUUUCCCCGGGUACGGGUUUCUGAGCGAAAACGUCGACUUUGCCGAUGCCGUCACCGCCGCAGGCAUCAUCUUCGUGGGGCCUUCGUCGGCAUCAAUCAAGGCAAUGGGCCUCAAGCACGAGGCGAGGUCCAUCGCCGAAGCUGUCAAUGUCCCUGUGAUCCCCGGGACGUCGCUCAUAGCAUCAGCACACGAGGCCAUCGAGGGUGCCAAAAAACUCGGAUUCCCCGUCAUGUUGAAAGCCACCGGAGGAGGUGGCGGCAUGGGCUUACAAAUUUGCCACGACGACGACGACGUUCCAAAGGCGUUCGCUACGGUGGAGAGCCGAGCCGGCGCACUCUUCAAGAACAGCGGCGUGUUUUUGGAGAGGUACUAUCCGCGCUCUCGACACGUCGAGGUGCAAGUCUUUGGAAAUGGUGCUACAGUAGUCGCUUUUGGGGAGAGGGAAUGCUCACUCCAACGGCGUCACCAAAAGGUGAUUGAGGAAUGCCCUAGCCCAUUCGUAGAUCAAAACCCUGGCCUACGCGAGAAGAUGCUGCAGGCAGCAGUCGAUUACGCCUCACAGCUCCAGUACAAAAGUGCUGGCACCGUUGAGUUUCUGGUAGACGACGAGACGGCCGACUUCUUUUUCCUGGAGAUGAACACACGCCUGCAGGUUGAGCAUGGCAUCACCGAGAUGUGCUAUGGAGUGGAUCUCGUCCACCUAAUGCUUUAUCAGGCCGACCACGAACGUGGGGGCCAGUUGGGCAUGCCUUCAGACGAGCUACAGAGUUUCCAACGGCCACGUCCGCAUGGUUCGGCCAUCGAGGCAAGAGUAUACGCAGAGGUACCUCUGCUCGACUUUGCCCCUAGUCCGGGUCUCCUUCAGCACGUGAGCUGGCCGCAAGGGGAUGGCGUCCGCGUCGACACGUGGGUGAAGAGUGGCCAACAAAUCACACCUCUUUACGACCCAUUACUCGCCAAGGUCAUGGUCCAUAGCCCUGACGGUCGAGCCGGUGCUCAGAAAAAGAUGCUUGCGGCGCUAGCUAGUACGGCCUUGCAAGGCACCCAAACGAACUUACAGUAUUUGUCGCAAGUUUUGCGGUCUGACGCAUUCACCAACGGCAGCACCCUUACAAACUUCCUAGCCACGUUCCGAGUGGAGGUGUGCGCUGUACAGGUUCUCAGCCCCGGUGUCUUCACCACGGUUCAGGACUACCCGGGGCGGACAACGGUCGGACACGGGGUGCCCCCCAGCGGCCCGAUGGACGAUCUGAGUAGCCGAGCCGCCAACAUCAUCGUUGGUAACGAUCCAAAAGUCGAGCUCCUCGAGAUCACCAUGACAGGCCCAGAGCUCAUGUUCCAUGACUCAGCCGUUGUGGCCGUCUGCGGUGCCCAAGUGCCUGUGGCUGUCGACGACGAGCAACGGCCAAUGUGGUCUCGUAUCAUCGUGAAGCAGGGACAAACACUCAAGAUUGGUAAUGUUUUCGGCGAAGGUCUCCGGACAUACCUUGCUGUCAAGGGCGGCUUUCCUGAAAUUCCGCUCUAUCUUGGCUCCAAAUCCACAGCACCGGAGCUUGUCCUUGGUGGCCUGCAAGGACGAAAGCUGCAGACUAACGAUAUCCUCGCGCUCUCCCCAGAGUCAGGUUCGUGGGCGGCCACGGCCACGGCCUUCUCGUUACCCCCAGGGGCAAUUCCGGACUACGGUGUCUCUGAAAUAUACUGCCUCAACGGUCCGUACGGCUCGGAAGAUAUACUUACCCCGGAGGGCAUGGAGACAAUCACCAACUCCACAUGGACCGUCAGCCACAACAGCAGCCGCAGCGGAGUUCGACUGGAGGGCUCACGACUAAAGUGGGCUCGUACUACCGGCGGAGGAGGCGGGUCCCACCCAUCGAAUGUCUUUGACUACGGGUACCCAAACGGCGGCGUCAACUGGACGGGAGAGUAUCCCGUCAUCUUCCCGCGCGAUCGCCCUGAUCUAGGUGGAUUUGCCUGCCCCGUUACCAUCUGCUCGGCCGAAAUGUGGAAGGUCGGCCAACUGAAACCGGGCGAUGCUCUGCACUUGCGGCUCGUCACCUUUGAGAAUGCCUUGGAAAUAACCCGCAGAAAUGAGGAGUACCUGGAAUCUGUGGCCGCUCUUGUUGACGGCAAAGCAACUAAAGUAGCGUUUCCCGGGACGAGGUUCGGCCCUCGGAAAACGACCUCCAUCCUACAAACGACACAGUCCCAUGGCGACCAUCCUCACGCGACUUAUAGACAAGGAGGUGAUACCUCUAUCAUCGUUGAGUAUGGCCAGCAGAUCGCCGACCUGCGAAACACUGUAUGCGUUUGGGUUCUCAAGGAGAAACUCAUGGCUCGGGGUCUUGUCGGUGUACGCGGCGAGCCAAAUCUCGCCACGCUUACUGUGCACUACGACCCGCUCGAAAUGCACCAGUCAGAGCUUCUCCAAACUUUAAUGGAGCUCGACGAGAGUAUUGAAGAAGUCGUAGGCAUCAAAGUGGCGGUCCGCGAACUCAGCCUCCCGCUAUGCGUGGAUCAUCCCACAGUCAAAGAAGCCACGGAGCGGUACAUGGAGAGCAUCCGGCCGACUGCCGCCUACCUCCCAGACAACGUUGAUUACCUGCGGAAGAACAACGCCUUGGAAACUCGCCGUCAAGUCUUCGAUUCCCUGGUGAAGACUCCCUGGCUCACCGUCGCCGUGGGCUUCUUUGUCGGAACCCCAAUCCUGUUCCCACUUGACCCCAAGUAUGUUUUUACGGGCCAAAAGUACAACCCCAACCGCGCAUACACGCCGAGCGGUUCAAUUGGUCUGGGUGGCUCCCUGUUGGCAAUCUAUCCCGUUGCCGCUCCAGGAGGGUACCAGCUGAUGGGCCGCACACUGGGGCUGUGGGACAUGCUGGGCACUCGGCCCGGCUUCUCCCCUUCGCGGCCGUGGCUGUUUAAUUACUUUGACAUUGUAAGGUUCCGCGAGGUCUCCAAGGAGGAAUUUGACCAAGCCGAGCGCGACUUUGAGGCUGGAAGAUACGUUUUCGAGAUUACUGACGAGGUCCUCGCCAUGGACGAGUACAUUGCCAAAUUCGAUGAGGCAGCGCGGGAUCCCGCGCACCAGGAAUGGCGGCAGCGACAGAUUGCAGCGGCCAGGGAGAUGGGCGAGCUCGAACAACGUCUCUUUGGCGAAUGGACCGAAGCCAAGGCGGCAGAGAUGGCGAGCCAGAGCGAAGGCGGCGGCGACGGCACGGCAUCAGCCGGCGCCGUCACGGUCGAGUCGCCCAUGAAUGCUAAUGUCUGGAAGGUCCUGGUCAAAGUCGGGGACGUGCUCGAGAACAAACAAACCGUGGCGAUCCUGGAAGCGAUGAAGAUGGAAAUCAAAGUGCUCGUGUCUGACGCACAGGCCGGCGCAGUAGUGACGAAGAUUACACGCCCUCCGGCAGUGUUGUCAGCCCGGGAACACCCAUCCUCGUGGGCAAGAAAGCAACAUAGCUAG